AGAAGUUGAAGACGAGGCUCCUGAUGUGUUUACUUGAGACGUCGUCGAAAGUUUUUGAUGUGUCGUGUUCAUUCUCAAUGAGAGGCAAAUGAGAGAGUAGUGAGAGAGCGUGGGUUGUGAACUCUUCGAGAUUUGAAUGGUAUUAGUCAAUGGUAGUUGUCAUGCGUGUGAUUUCUUAUCGGAGACAAUCGGUAUGUUCGCACUGUUCCCUGUGUUUCUUUCUCAGUUGAUUCGGGUUUUGUGAAGAAGACAACCUCUCAACCAUUGAAUACCAACACUCACCUUCGGACGACAGGUAUUGCGUUGUGCCCCCGUUUCCCGACAUUCCCCAAGUCCCAUUGCCCACCUCAGUCCCAUCGCAUCCCAUACUUUUUUUGUUUCCUUGGAUGUCCUUAAGGUUGAGCUCUAUUUCCUAGCAUGCUCGUAUUCGAAGACGAGGAGAAGUAAAUAUGCUCCUCUUCUUAUGCAAUUGAGAACUAGGAAUAGCAAGAGAGGCAUGAUUGACUUCCUCACUUUACUUUCAGUAUGCAUGUCUAGUCUGCAGUUUUUCGCUACAUAGACUAGGAACUACUUACGCACAAAAGGUUCCGUCGUAGCUUAUUCGCAUCAAACUUACGAUCUACGUACGACAGUGUCCAUUGUGUAGUACGACCACCUGUUGCUUCAGACCUCCAGAGAACAACCACAAAAAUGACGCGGUCGACGCACACGUUAGUGCAGAGACUCCAGAGGGAGGAUUUCUGCUAUCGUGAGUUCCCGAUCUCAGUCGCUCUACAUGUCUUUCAACUCCGAAUUUUGUUGACAGGACUUUUCAUCUGGCUGCUGAUGACCAGCUUGUUGGGUAAUACAGUUGUGAAUACAGCCAUGAAAUGAAAGAGAUACUUCAGGCUAGUGUAGUUAGUCUUACAGGAUGACUCGCACUUACACCCCCGUUAUAAUGCUACAGUGACUUCCGAACAGUGAAAGUUUUCCCCUUCGUUCACCUGCCUCUUGGUCAAAUAGACCACAGACAUCAACAUUCAAUCACCAAGACUAUCACCUCUCAGGUAUCAUCUUCGUCGUGUCGCAGUUCCUUGCGGAUCAACGAUUGAGUUUGAUUGUCGGGGAGAUGGAACAUGCAAGAGUGCAUAAGAUAUUCAAGCAAAUGCUGUUUCUGCCGUCCAAAGUCGUCGGGGCACAGAUUGAUAUGGGCAUACGUGCCGAGCGCAUGUUUGAGGAAUCAGAUCAGCAAGGGCUCAAGGCGCUUUUAGAAGACGUACUGAAGUAGAUUUAAUAGUUCCCUUGAAUAUAUGAUCCAGGGCGCAGGGCUACGGGACGCCCCCUAGCGCAGGGGGGCACCGUGCAGCUUCGGACCCCUUAUGAAGGCGUCUGCCGGGGGUGGAAGGCCUCAAAAGGGGUCCAAGGGACCGUCUCCGCCCCCUUCCAGCUGCCUGGCUGUACCCUACAGACCUCCGAUGUAGGUGGAAGGCUUCAAAAGGGGCCCAAGGGACAGCCUCGCCCCCUUGCAGCUGGCUGCCUGUGCCCUAUCUGCCUCCGAUAUGCUUCGCCGCCGCAGCAGUGCGCCGGGUGUGAAAGGCCUCCGAAGGCGGCAAAAGGCGAGGGGCUGGACCUCCUGAGUCGUGCGGCCUGUACCCUCCGGGCCCUUGGUCAUCGGCUUGCUUGCUCUUGAGACCGUGGCCGCCUUUGGCGGCCUUUUACCCCGGAGACCUCCAGCCUGCGAGGGUCAGCAGAGGCCAGGAGGUCCCUGAGGAACAAGCAGAGAGGCGCAAGGGGACGCCCGCGCCCAGUUUUGACGCCUUCCACCGCUAGAAUCCGUGAAAAUCAGCGCGGAAAAGAGCGCGCGAGCGCCACCACAGACCACACCACAGGGGGGGAACCGUGCAGCCCUAAGACGUAUUUUAUAUCUAUCAAACGUAGACGAAUGAUGGCAAAUUAGUUUCGAGGAGGACCGCGGAAAUAAAAUGGAAUUGGAAGAUAGUUGUGUGCCCGUUUACGUGUGAAUGGACUUUCAUAAUUUUCGCCUUGCUAUCUGAAUAUUUAUGGACACUGACCGGCUUUUACAAACAGGUCUACGAUGCCUUCCCGACGGUGUAUGAUGUUCGUGUGCUGUUUAACCAAGAGGACUUCGGUUACUACUCUUCCCGGCAGGAGGGUUUUCAGGCUGACACCGAACAGUGUGCGGAUCUAGGUGAUUACUCGUGUCUCGCCAUUCGCUUAAAGCGACCUCGGCUUUCUUGGUACGAUCAGGGCAUGCUGCUUUUCGAUCCAAGCGUGCUGAAGGCUAUUUCCUAUUGCGAUUUCCUGUCGCCGCAGUUCAUCCCUGUGUCGGAGCGCAGCGGGUCGCCACUACUAGCACAGCCGCCAGAAGCCACUUUCAACUGGCAUUUCGGCUGGGCGCGCAUAUGCAAACACGAAUUCGCACAUCUGCAAGGCGAAAGCGGUCGUCUAUUCUCGAUAUCGAAAACCACCGUCAACAUGGAGACAUUUAUGAACGCUCUCCAGCUACGGGAAGAGUUCACAGGGGGCAAGAUUUAUAUCGUCCGCUGGGAGCUCGAAGUGGCCACCAGUACUAUUGAAUCUUCAUUUUGGAUACAUAGUGCAUAAUCCAUUUUUUUAUUGUCCUGAAAUUGAUUCUAUCUCGUCUAAAGAUGAUUUUCUAUAUGUUCCAGGGGUCAGGGGCCAAGGCCCUCUCCGAUCUAAAUUUUUGAGGAGGGGGGCCUUUCGCCCCGGACCCUUUUUCCCGAGGGACUGCCGGGCGGGAAUGCCUCCAAGCGCCCACCUCCGACCCCUCCCCGCUUCUUGCCUGGACCCUACAGCGCCCCCAUCCCUGAGGCCGUUGAAGCACCGAGGGCCGGGGGUGGAAGGCUUCCGAAGGUGGCAAGGCUGGGCCCCCUUUGGCUUGUUGCGGCUUGUUGCGUGUACCCUACAGGCCUUCAGGGUGCGGGUUCCCCACUGAGUGGCAAGGCUUGACACCUUUCGCCGUGCUGCAUGGAUCCGACAGAACCCAGGCGGGCACGCCUUGCCCCCCCUCCUCCUCGCCUUUGGUCCUUAACCCCCCGGGCGUUUGGUGGCGGCGGACGCUGCCACCAAUGUUGGGGAUGAGGGCCAAAGGGGCCAGGCUUCGCGCCCGUGGCCGCCUUCGGCGGCCUUAUUCCCCCUGAGGGGGUCCCCCUGAUAGGGUCGCCCAAGAGUCGGGACGCCUGUGGGGUACACGCGGAGAGCCGCUAGGGGCCUCCGGCUCCGCGUUUUGAGGCCUUCGGUCACGGAGGUCCUGACAUGUCACCACCGCGGAAAAAAGGGCGCGCGGACGACACCGCCGCUCCCUCCAUUCACAGGGGGGGGGCUCCCCCCUGGAACAUGUAGCGUUUUUCUUAGCAUUUUUCUCAUCAAUAUUGGCAUUUUGUUUUUCGAUAUGUCUUCGGCACUUAAUAUCUCCCCAUCAGUCGCUGCCAUGACCGAUCGCAUUCUGGGAGUGCAAUUGAGUGGCGCCACACUGGGUCCACCUGGAGAGCUAUAUGCCGUGGAUAGCUCCUUUGAUAGCGAGAAAAUGCUUCUGGUGCUUCCAGGGGAAUACUCCACUUCCGGAAGUAGCCACGUCAUCGUCAGGUACCUUUGUUUUGAACAAGCUUAAAGAUACAAGACAAACAAUUACGAAGGAUAAGAAAGAUUAGCAUCAUUGUUCUAGUCCCUUUCAGCAUGACUUGAUAUUCUUCUGACACCUGACCGUUGUCGCGUUGAUUGUAAAAAGUAAAAGUAGAGUCUCUGCAUUUUUGAUUUUCCAUCUUUAUCCAGGGACAUCCGCGAGACGGGUGGCAACUAUUUGAUCGCCAUGACGUGUCCGUUCUACACGUAUUCCGACGGAGUGAUGCUGGGUUUGCAGAUUACGUUGCUCAUACUGUUCUCGCUGCCUUUCGCGGGCAUAGGUCUCGUCUUCCUCGUGCGCUUCUACAUAUCCAAGUACCGAAGUGGGGUGAAGUAUCAGAGUGUGGAUGAGGUGAUUCGCAAGAACGUCGCUUUGGCCCAGUCCUACGUGCCUGCGAAUGCGAAGGAUCGCACAAAACAAGCCACCCUUCGAUCAGCUAAUGCGACAGUAACAACGGAAGGCAACGGCUAAUCGCAGUGCUCAUCAUGAUAAUCAUGCUAAGAACGCAUCACUAGGGAUAUUUUUGUGUGCGCGAUGCGUCUUUUGCCUGAUCUUCAUUCGUAAUUACCCGAUUACAGCCUGGCCCUGUUUUUCGGAAUCGGCGUCGCAGGCCUGCGCGCUGGUAUGAGAUCGCGCACGUGGUGGCUGGUUGUCAUGCUGCAACCGGGCGCACACCCGCGGCGAAACCGAGACUCGCGUGCCAGUUACGGAAGAUCGAGGAUCCCAAGCGGUCGAAAAUCUUCGGCAAGCGAUGCGGAACACUGUAUUGUCAGGGUGGCGGCGAACCGAGGACUUGUUUUAGCCGAGCGAUAUUCCAAAAUGUUUUGCUUACAGUGUGUGUCGCUGCGGUGAUCAGGCAGAUGAACUUUUUUUGCGAAUUAUUAUUCUGUCGUUGGAGAAUCACUCCGUAAUUUCGUAAACUAAAAGCAACCAAAAACCAGUGUUAUGUGUUAUUCCCGAGCUAUGACCACUGUGCCAGAUACAAAUGAGUCUUACUACGAAGUCUGAGAAAUUCGAAUGACGUAAAGAAUUACAGCCAGUGCAAUGUGAUCGAGAGCUUUUGAGUACUGGAGUAUUCCUAUAGCUGGCUCUGGCAGAGUAGACACCAGGAGUACGAUCAUUUUAACGCCACGACUUACUACCGCUCUAAAAUUCCGAGAGUAUCCCUUCACUAUAUUUCUACUGUAGUGCCUGCGCGUAAGCGGCGUAAGCGAAGUACCCAAUUCAAGUUCAACGUAAUUAUGGUCGUCCAAACGUAUGCUAAGAGAAGGAACUUUUGUAGACUCCCACCAAUUUCCCACGGGAGGGUUCAAUAAUUGUCGUCCGCCUUCUUGCGACACGCUGCAACGUGAUACAAUUUGUGAUUGAU